CUAAAAGGAGCAUCCUGUUUCUCCCCCAUAAAUAACGAGGCCAUUACCUUCAUUUAUUUGGCGGUUGGUGGUUGUAAGCCUCUUGAUAUGCAUGCAGUCGUAUUGAUGGAAGCAGGACAAUCUGAACAUUAUUAGAAUGGAUGCAAUGGAAAUUGAUGACAGCAUUUAUAUAAAAAAGAACUUCGCAAUGGACGGCCUCGGUAGUCAAGUUGUUUUUCCGAGGAGAAAGCAGCCCUUUCGAUGUGCUACCGUGUGUCUGGGGUUACUGAGUGCUGUCCUGUUGGCUGGUAACAUAGCGCAGUUUGUCUACUAUGAAAUAAUCAGCCGCCCCGCUUCAGCAGAGCCGACACAGGCCAGCGGCCGGUUUCAAGGAGACCGACUGCAGGGCGGUUGUGAUGCUUCAGCUGCAGAAAGACAACAGUUGGAGGCCAAACUGAGUAACCUGACUGAAGAUGAAGGCCAACUGCAGCAGAGUUACUCAGCUUUGACUGCUGAAAGGGAUGAGUUCAAGGCCAGUUUCAGCAAUCUGAGAAACAAGAGUGACCAGUUACAAGCAAGUUACAACACCUUAAAAGAAGAGCGCGAUCAGUUGAAGACGAGCUAUGACGACAUGCAAAAGAGUCUUGAGGGGCUACAGGCGGAUCACAAGAGCCUCCAAGCAACUAAAGACCAGCUACAGACCAACCACCAAACCCUGCAAAGAGAAAAGGAAGAGUUCCAGGCUUUGUCUGUUACUCUGAGAGCAAACAGAGAUCAGCUACAAAGCGAUUACUCUUCCCUGCAGAGGAACAAGGACCAGUUACAAGCAAGUUACAACACCUUAAAAGAAGAGCGCGAUCAGUUGAAGACGAGCUAUGACGACAUGCAAAAGAGUCUUGAGGGGCUACAGGCGGAUCACAAGAGCCUCCAAGCAACUAAAGACCAGCUACAGACCAACUACCGAACCCUGCAAAGAGAAAAGGAAGAGUUCCAGGCUUUGUCUGUUACUCUGAGAGCAAACAGAGAUCAGCUACAAAGCGAUUACUCUUCCCUGCAGAGGAACAAGGACCAGUUGCAAAUCAGCUGCAAUACACUGAGUACAAGUAAGGAUGCUCUUCAGACCAGGUACAACUCCUUGACCAGAGACAAAGGUCAAUUGCAAUCCCGUCAUAAUUCCUUGCAGAGGGAAAAAGAGCAGUUACAGAACAGUUACAGCAGUUUGACCAAAGAUAAAGAUGAGUUAGAGAAGAAGAUCAACAAAGUGAGAGCCAAACCCUGUCAGAGAGGCUGGAGGAAGUUUGAUAUGAGCUGUUACUAUAUUUCAACUGCGAGGGAGAGUUGGAGGUCAAGCAGAGCAAACUGCAAUUCAAAAGGAGCAGAUCUGGUCAUCAUUGACAGCAGUGAGGAACAGAUGUUUGUGAACGAGAUGAUGACAUCCGGGCAGAACGCCUGGAUCGGUCUGACUGACAGCGCUGAAGAGGGGACGUGGACGUGGGUGGAUGGGACUCCGGUCAACACCACGUACUGGCAGGACGGCCAGCCCAACAGCUUCAAGGGGAAUCAGGACUGUGGAGAAACCCUGCAGAGUUCAUCGGGGGUCGGAGAAUGGAACGACAACAGCUGUUCUAAUGAUCAGAUCUUCAUCUGCGAGCAAUAAGACCUGCGCUGCUUUCUCCAACAUUAAAUGCCUGUUGUUAGUUGC